AACGUUCUACACAAACUUCACUUCAGCUCGUCUACGUGGACGAACUGUCACUUUUAUUUUAUUCCUCAAAGUGGUCGUGUGUGGUUAAAGAUUCUUUCAAAAGAAAACUUAAAAUUAAUUAAAAAACUUUUGUUUUUCAAUUAAAAUAACCCGAUAAAAUGCCUGCUCCUGCUAGUUCAACUGCCGUUGGCACUGGAAGCCGCUCCCCAAGCAAACUGUCUGCCCCAAGAAGCAGCGGUGCUGGUGGAAGCAACGUUAAACAAAGGAAGACUACAACCACCGCUGCAAGAAGUCGCACCACAGGUGGAGCCGGAUCAGGUGGUAUGUGGCGAUUCUAUACCGAUGAUUCUCCCGGUAUCAAGGUUGGACCAGUUCCAGUUCUUGUAAUGUCGCUGCUCUUCAUCGCUUCAGUGUUCAUGCUCCACAUUUGGGGAAAAUACAAUCGUUCUUAGUUCCAUGAUUAGAUGACGUCGACAGAUUUCUUUUUCUUAUUUUCAUUCAAUUUUUCUUUCGUUUUAAGUCAUAGUUUGUUUAGAAUUUUCUACUUUUACCCAAAAUGCUGGGUUAAAUAAAAAUAGGUAAACAUAAAUUUUGUGUUGUAAAAGAUUGAAACUAAGAAAAAUUAUAAUUCAUUCCACAAUUUGUAUGUGGCGGCUAAGUAGACCUAUAUAAACUAAAGUUAAUAAUAAUAAAUUACAUUUUUUUGUAAAAAAUAAA